CAACACCAACAACAACAACAACAACAACAACAACAACAACAACAACAACAACAACAACAACAACAACAACAACAACAACAACAACAACAACAACAACAACAACAACAACACCAACAACAACAACAACAACAACAACAACAACAACAACAACAACAACAACAACAACAACAACAACAACAACAACAACAACAACAACAACAACAACAACAACAACAACAACAACAACAACAACAACAACAACAACAACAACAACAACAACAACAACAACAACAACAACAACAACAACAACAACAACAACAACAACAACAACAACAACAACAACAACAACAACAACAACAACAACAACAACAACAACAACAACAACAACAACAACAACAACAACAACAACAACAACAACAACACCAACAACAACAACACCAACAACAACAACACCAACAACAACAACAACAACAACAACAACAACACCAACAACAACAACAACAACACCAACAACAACAACACCAACAACAACAACAACAACAACAACAACAACACCAACAACACCAACAACACCAACAACAACAACAACAACAACAACAACAACAA